GUGAGCUACAACUGUAAAGUCCAGCUCCUGUCACAAUUCUCACCUCACUUCUCACUGUCCUUUUCUCUGUGGCCCACACUCCAAUUUUCGUUCUUUUCUUUUUUUUUUUUUUGUGCCUUCUUAACUAUCAGUUCACAUUGCUAUGGAAAUCUCACAAUCUGGUUUUAUAACUCAUUUUCUUAGAUAAUCAAAGAAUUUGUAAGGUAUUCAACAUGGGUAAUUUGAGAUUUAUGCCCAUGAAAAUGGACUUUUUCUGGGUGAUUGCUAUUUUUUCCAUAAUUGUGUUUGUUUCCCUGCAAAAAGUUGAAAGCUUUGAGGGAUUAAAUGUAACAGAGGUUUAUGAUGCUCAGGCAUAUGGGUUCUUUGAUAAACCCCUUAUGGUGGGUCUCACUCUCAUUCCAUGGGCUGCUACAAAAGGAGCUGUGUGCUUGGAUGGAUCUGUUCCGGGUUACCAUUUCCACCGAGGAUUUGGAUCGGGAGCAAAAAACUGGCUAGUAGAACUUGAGGGGGGAGGAUGGUGUGAUACGAUAAGAAGUUGUGUGUUUAGAAAGACAACACGGCAUGGUUCUUCAAGGCAUAUGGAGAAGUUCAUACCAUUUUCUGGGAUACUUAGCAAUAAACGUUCUGAAAAUCCUGAUUUUUACAAUUGGAACCGGGUAAAAGUUCGAUACUGUGAUGGUGGCUCGUUCAGCGGGGACAGUGAACACAAGGGAGCACAAUUGUAUUUUAGAGGACAGCGCAUAUUUUCGGCCGCUAUGGAGGAAUUGAAGUCGCUAGGAAUGAGGUACGCAAAUCAGGCUCUUCUUUCUGGAUGUUCAGCUGGGGGUGUGGCAUCAAUUUUUCACUGUGAUGAGUUUCGAGCAUUAUUCCCAGGCCAUACUAGAGUCAAGUGUCUAAGUGAUGCUGGGUUAUUCCUUGAUGCACUUGACGUGGCUGGUCAUCGCACUAUGAGAAAAAUAUUUGGGGGUCUUGUCCGCUUGCAGGGAAUCGGGCCACACCUUCCUCGCACAUGUACGAAUCGUCUUAGUCCAAUUAUGUGUUUCUUCCCUCAUCGUCUAAUAGCAGAUGUUAGGACACCAUUAUUUCUCGUUAAUGCAGCAUAUGAUGCAUGGCAGCUGCAAGCAAGUUUAGCUCCGGCAUCAGCUGAUCCUCACGGAUACUGGUAUCAAUGCAAAUUGAAUAAUAUACACUGCAAUGGUCAACAGAUCCGUUUUCUCCAAGGUUUUAGAGGACAGAUGUUGGGUGCAAUUAAGCGUUUUGGUAAAUUUCGGAAGAACGGGUAUUUCAUUAAUUCAUGCUUUGCUCAUGGACAAAUUGAGAAACAAGAUACAUGGCUUGCCCCUAAUUCACCUCAUAUUGGAAAUAAGGGUCUUGCUGAGUCUGUUGGGAACUGGUAUUUUGAUAGAGCAGAGACCAAAAUUAUUGAUUGUCCCUAUCCUUGUGACAGAACAUGCCACAAUAUGGUUUUUUCACACCUUUAAAACUAACUCCAAUUUUCUUUCCCAUUUUUCUUACAGUAAUAUAGUCCACCAAAUUACAUUUGGCACAUUAUAUCUUGGUGCUUGUUAGAAUUUUAAAUCAUGAUUAUUCAUAUAUAUGAUAAGAGUAUAGCUCAUAUUCAGUAUCAUUAUGAUCUUUCUUUGGAAUGUCAUCGCAAAUUGUAGUCUUUUUCCUUGUAAUAAUGUGAAAGGGGUGUAAACCAUACAAAUAUUUAGUCUAUAUGAUUCAAAAUUUUCAUUUUUACUUACUA